AAUACAGUAUCAUCAUGUUCAUAGGGAAGGUUAAAAACAGCACAGAUGACAGAUAAAAUUUCUUGGAUUUUAGGUUCUCUCUUCUGAUUUUAAUUAUUUUGCGAAUGUCAUUCAAUAUUGUAACUGUGAACCUAUCUCAAACUAAUGAAUUUUUCCAACAUCAAUGACUUUCACUAGAAAAUCUAACACCAUGAAAUAGGAUCAAGUUGUUCUGAAAGAAAUGGAAUUUACAAUUUGUAAAAUGGACGAAACAAAAUCUAAAUUGUUCAAUAAGGAAAAAACCCUUAUGGAUAAUUCCGAUCAAGCUGAUUCCGGCGUAAAAUCAGAUAUUACGCUUGCGGAAGUUACCAAUUCAUUGAUCCAAAAUAAUAUAGAAACAAUGCCAGUUCAGGAAGAACUUAAAUCUAACAGUAUCGCUCAAAUUGAAACAGAUUCAGUAUUAAGAAACAAUGAUAAAAAGUAUCAUUGUUUAAUAGAAGAAAACAGUAUUAACAUUUCUCUAAAAGGUUCUGCUUCUUUAAGUAAUCUCAUGGAUAAUGAGUUUUUGAGAUAUGAAACAUCAUCUGUUGGUAUGAGCCUUCCACAAGAAAAGUGUCUUCAGAAAUCAUCUUCAUGUAAUGAUGUUAGCUAUGCAUCAACAUUAUCUGAUUCACUGUUGUGUAUAUCUUCCCAUGUAAUAUCUAAUUAUGAUAUACAAUCUGUGGUCCCAAAUGAAUGUAAGGAAUUAGAAUCACUAUGUAAUAAUGAAGAAGGAAAUAGUGAAAAGCAUAAAAAAGAAGAUAAAAAUUGUAUAGUAAAAAUGAAUGUAGAAGAAAUAAAAAACACAGUACAAGAUUCUACUAUGUGUAACAAAUUAAUGGAGAAUAAUAAACAAUCAGAAAUUGUAAUAAAGAAAGACCUAAAUAAAGAACAACAGUCUUCUGAAGUUAUUAGAAACACAAGAUUACAAUCUAGACCAACCUUAACUGAUGAUAGUAAAUUGGUUAAAAUUUCACUGCCAACAUAUCCAAUUAAUAUAAUGCAAUCAAAUGCUCAGUUUCUGAACAAGAGCCGUAGCUUCUUAAAUUUUAUUACAGAAAAGUCAACAAAUAUAAUGGAAAAAGCAUUGUUACCACAGCAUUUAACUGUGAAGUACAAUUCAGUAAUGAAAUCCACAGAUAAUGUUUAUAAUGGGAGAAAACAUACAGAAGAAUUUCUUAGUGCAGAGUCUCCUUUGAUCCAACCAAUAGUUAAUAAUGAAUCAGAUUUAACAAGAAAAAUAAAAGAUAUUGAUGAUCCAGGAAAAACAUCAGUGGACAGACAAAGUGAAAGAAGUGAAUAUACGAACAAUUAUGAAAGUAAAAAUGUUUCUAGAAAAAAUUCUAAUGAAGGCUUAUUUGUGAAUGACUGUGUGACUGAUAAAAAUAAUGUUGAUAGUACCUGUAAAUUAAAUUAUCUAAAACAAGUGGAAUCUCAUUCUACUGAUGAUAGUAUUAAUCACAGAGGUAACAGUGUAGAUAUAAAUGGGGAUUCUAAUAUGGUAUUGAAUCCUGGAUAUAAUAAUUUUGCCCAGAAAAGUCUUAUUGAUAAUAUACCUCAAAAAGAAGAAAAAAUUGAUUCUGAGGAGUCAAGACAUAGUUUAUUACAGCAACCAGAAUAUCUCACUUUAUUAAGGGACUAUGCAGACUUGAAAGCAAAGCAUUUGAAAUUGCAAGAAAAAGUUGAAUGUUUGGAAGAAAGAAAUCAAGUACUGGAGACAGAAAAUAAAGGAGAAACUUUUACUAUACAAUUAGAAACAUUACAGAAGACAAUAAACACACUUACAUCUGAAUUGCAUGCAUCCUUAGCAGGACAGGAAACAUUGAGGAAAGAAUACAGUGCUGCUAAUAAAGAGAGGGAAAGUAUGGUAAUGAAGUAUGCAGUUAGCGAAAAGCAAUUAAUUGAUACUCAAAGGGCGAGAGAAUAUGCAGAACGUAAAGUAAAAGAAAUUAUAAAACAACAAGAAUCGCUUCAAAGUAAAUUAAGAGAAAUGCAAGGAGAAAGAGCAAGGAUCUGUAAUAUCUUAGAUGGAAAGCAUCGUGAGGUGAUAGAUCUCCAAAAAGAAGUUGAUAAACUCAGAGAGGAUGUAAACAUGAGAGACAUAAAAUUAAAAUGGACUCAAAACAAACUUAAAACUGAAAUGGAUUUGCAAAAGGAGACUCAACAAAAAUUAGAUAAAGCUAUGACUAGAAUAAAUGAAAUGAAGGAGGAAUGUGAACAAGUCCGUAGGGAGUCACAGGAAUCGAUACGAAAGUUCCAACAGUCGGAAGAAAAUAAAGCUGUUACAUUGGAUCAACGAUUAAAAGAGCAACAGGCACGUUUGAUCUUAGAAAGGCAUGUCACAGAGGAUAAAGAAAUGUUGAGACUUCAGUUACAAAAAGAGGUAGAAACUUUGAAAAGCAGGCAACAAGUUUUAAUCGAAGAAAAUAAUACCCUUAGUUUAAAGAUACAAGAUGCUGAAAAGAAUCGUUUAAAUUACGAGAGUAAUUUGAGUAACGUAAAAAUCAUAGCGGAUCAGCGUCAGAAGGAAAUUGUGGAGUUGCUUAAUAAAGUAUCCGAGUUGGAAACGUUGAAGGUUCAAUUACAGCAUAAAGAGCAGUAUUUGGCAUCAACUGAAGCUGAAAUGAACCAUUUACGUAUGGCUAAUGAAGAAUUACAAGCAGAUAUGUCUGCGUGUCGUCAGAAAGAAGCUGAAAUGCUGGAUUUUACGCAGAAAUUAACAGAUAAAAAUGUACGGCUUCAGUCCGAAUUUACAGCCACUGAAGCUAGGAUGAAAAAACUGGAAAAAGAACACGGACCAUUACACGACCGCAUUAGAGAACUAACAGACAAAGUUAAAAUAUUGGAAGAAAGAAUUGUACAAGAGCAGAAACUAAGAAUAGAAGAAUGUGAAAUUUUAGCUCAACAUCUUGCUGAACAGACACAAGCUGCACAGAAUCUUGGACAGAAAUUGGAAGAUAGUCAAGGAGAAAAUGCCGUGUUGAAGAGAAAACAGCAAAUAAGUAUGAAAGAAAUGACACGUGAGCUGCUGCAGUGUCGAAAGAAGUUGGAAGCUUUUGAAACGUCAUCUCCUUAUAAUUCACUGGGUGUUGCAUCUAGGACUGGAUCGAAUGUUUCACUGAAUACAGGAGAUACAUUAAAUGGUGCCUUAUCAGAUAAUAGUAUUAAUGGUGAGCAAGGUAUUCAGUCUAUGGAGCCUAGCAGACAAGCGCUAAUAGACCGUAUUAUAAAAUUACAAGAAAUCAAUGCUAAAAGAGCGGAGAAACUUGAUUUUUUCGAAGAACAUACGCGAACCCUGGUUGAAGAGCUACAGAAAAAAACAAGAAUUAUACAGAAUUAUAUUUUACAUGAAAAUAUUGGUGCUAUGGGCAACAAUGAUAGAGAUAAGUACAAGCAUAUUAAAAGCAGGAGAAAUGCAGCUGAAUUAGCGAGACACGGGGGAAUAAUGGCCUCUGUCUACAAUCAACGAGUCUCGGAUGACAAUAUGACCCUGGAGUUAUCAUUAGAAAUAAACCAGAAACUUCAAGCAGUGCUUGAAGAUGCAUUAUUUAAAAAUAUCACGCUAAAGGAUAAUAUUGAUACUUUGGGUGAAGAAAUAGCACGAUUAAUGAUGCAGAAUCAACAAAGGCAAAAUACAAAGUAAAAAUGUAUGAAGGCAACACGUUUGUAUGUGUCUUCUAGAGGCAAUGAAAUGGUGAAGGCAUAUCCUAACAAUGCAAAGAUAUACACACCUUUGAUUAAGAAAUUUGUAGUACUUAUGUACCAAUCAACUGUAAUGUUGUAUAUUGAGCAUACAAAAACUUAUUUCUUCAUUUUAUGCAAAAGAAAUGGAGUAGAUCAUCAUUUCAAGGAAAGUACAUAUUACAGCAAUUCGAAUAGUAUAUUUUUAUAAUUUAAAGAUCGAUAAAAUAAUUAUUUCAGUGUAGUUUGUUUAUAUAAAUGAGUGAUUUGAAGCAUUACAGUAUCUUGAAUUCGCACUUAAUGUAUAAUACUU